UUUGUUCCUGCUUCAGAUUUUUUCAAUAUAGGUGCUGACAAUUUUUAUUGGAGCACCAGGAGUUUCAUUCUCUCACCCAUUUGAUAGCUGCAUGGCAUGAUAUGAGAAGCAGAACAUGAAGUUAUCUGAUUGCCCAAUAGCAGUCAGCAUUGCCAACAUCUUGAAUCAGGAUGGAGCAUGGAGGAGAGUCAUGAAUUUCCUGCGUCCUGAGUUCUACAAGCAGGAAGACAUCAUGAGAUUUGAGACAUUUAGCAGGACAACAGGGAUGAACCCAGGAGAGCUUCUGGUGGAUGACUUGAGUAAACAGGGACUCACUGUUGAGAAUCUCCUUCAGAUUGCACAGGCAUUAGACUUGAGGCUUCUUCUCUCCUUCCUGUGUGAGACUGGUGUGUUGCCUUCCAGAGAUCAUUCAGGACCUCUCCCCUUUCCCCCAAAUUUGAAACUCUUGUUUGUUUCAGGAGAGACUGAGGCAAGGAAUGCUAUCAUGGCCCAACCUUCAUAUUCUGCAACAUUCAAAGUGGCAUUGCUGAUUGCUAACAAAGACUAUGAAGAAGGAACACAUCACCAAUUGACGAAACCCUGUGCAGAUGUUCAUGCCCUGGGCAACCAGCUGGAUGACCUUGGGUUCCAUGUCCUGGCACUCUUCAACCUCUCUUCCAUUGAGAUUCUCAAUGCUAUCACAUAUGUUGCAACCCACUUUGUUCUUCCUGGCUCCUAUAUUGUGUUUUACUAUUCGGGUCAUGGAUUUGACUGGGAGGGACAGUCUUGGCUGUUACCGGUGGAUGGUUCUGCAGCUGUGCCCCAGAGGUUUAUCGAGCAGGAGUUCCUCAAAAGAGAGCCUGCCCUCUGCCUUGAACUAUUGGACUCUUGUCGUGUCCCUCCACCCAUGCCCCCCAGGGAGGCAUGGAAUGUACAAGAGAGGUGCCCACCUCCACCAACCUUGGUCAAGUGCUUUGCUACAUCAUCCCUAUCCCCCAUCUAUGAGAAUAUCUCAGCUUCCCUUGGCCCCUUUGUGGAUCAACUCCACCGUCACGUCUCCCGACCAGUGCCUGUUGUUGACAUGCUCCAGGCCACUCUGCAAGCAUUCCAGAAAUCAGAGCCCUACUGUGUUCCUUCUUUGGAGAGCACACUCCAGGAAAUUGGACGAAGUCUCACUGAUCCUGUCAUCAAUGAGAGUCCUGAGAAGCGGCAACAGAUCCAAGAAUUGUGCGCACCUCCAGCUGAUAUCACCAUAUCAGGUGUAGAAAUCUGGUUCAGCAAGUUGCGAGACACAUUCUGUAAUGCCCUCCAGAUUCAUGUUUCUCGGCCAGUUAUGAUCAUGCAUAAUGAAAUCCCACUAACAGUAAUGGAUGAGUCUGGAAUGGUCUACUGCCUUCAGGGUCUUCAAAAAAUUAAGGGUGAGGUGAAGCUGAAUGUGGUUGUAAACAAAGAAGUACAUGAUGUGAAUCUGAAACCUUUUAUGGCCAGCAAGAUGAAUCUUUGGCUGAACCAUCUCAGCAGUUCCACCCAAGUCACCAGGUGA